AUGAACUACAUGAUUGGCAGAGCCAUUUUAACUUCAAAGAAUGACGAAGUUGAAAAAAUCUCUGACCUGAUUAUGAACCGGCUUCCAGGCAAAGUUUACACAUAUUACAGUGCAAACUCUAUAGAUUUAGAGGAUAGUAAU